AUGGGGGACAGCCCCGAGUUAUUCCUGAGUGCUCGCCUAUGCGACACACGACAGGAUACCCUUCCUUUUCCAGCUUUUCAUCUUCUUUUCUCCUUUCCUUUUUCCCCACAGGAGGUAUGACGGGUGAGGGGGGGUAGGGAACUCGCAGAGAUAUGGGUAUGUUAUCACACCACACGGUACACACACUAUGCGUAUAAUAUCACAUAAUGUUAAAGGGUUAAACACCCCGUCAAAACCACAUGCUCUCUAUAAAGAAAUAAGACAGCUACAGGAUGACAUCAUAUGUUUGCAGGAGACACACUUCCGCAAAUCUGACCCAUGCCGCUUCGGCAUAAAACAAUUCCCAUACCAAUUCCACGCUACCUCAGACACUAAAUCCAAAGGGGUGUCCACCCUUAUCAGCGGCCAAGUAUCUUUCUACUUAAUCAAAAAAGUAGCUGACGCUAAGAGGCGCUUCUUAAUAAUAAUAGCCCUGAUCAACGAUGUUAAAUACACGAUAGGCAACAUAUAUGCUCCAAAUGACCACCAAAGAGACUUCUUAAUUAAAAUCCUAGCCAAAAUCGACAAAAUACAACAAGGUUUCCUUAUCCUAGGGGGAGAUUUCAACUGUAUCCAGGACCCAAUACUGGACUCUACCUCCGACAAAACACCCAUACGACUCAAAACACUAUUGAAAUUAGCCAAACAACUAACCAUGCUUUUCCACUCCUACAAUCUUUAA